UAUCGCUACGAUGGCCCAACCGAACAACAGCAGCAAAGAUCUCCGUCCCAUCUUCGUCUUUGACACAAUGCGUGCAAGGUCCCACCUCUUCUUCCGCUAUUUGUCGACAAGCCCGGAGCUAAAGGCCGUCUACCACCCGAUACUCAUGGCCGCCUUCCUGGGACCGGAACGCUGGGCGCAGCAUAGCCGCAACUCGUCUGCAAGGACUAAAGAGCUGAUGGAGGAUAUGUUGCCGUUUAUCGGCGAGGAAACGUACGAGAGCGAGCAGAAGAGGUUCCUGGCCGAUGUUGAGGGGGCGCGGAAAGAGGGCAAAAUCGCCUUCGCAAACGAGCACAUCUUCAACGUCCUGAAGCAGCCCAUCGUCCACGGCAUGAACCGGGACCCCACCUACUCCCUCACCGCCCUCGGUCCCAACCCAACAUACAUCCCAGACCCAAUCUUCGCCGCCCUCAGACCCAUGAUCCUAAUCCGGCACCCGGUGCCUCACAUCAACUCCACCUAUCGCAGCGUCAUCGACAUAGGCAUGCAGAUCCGCACCGGCGACGAGGACUUGGACAUCCUCGUCUCGCACCGCUAUUUCCGCUACUUGUUCGACAUGUUCCGCGCGCAGGGGCGGCAGCCUGUAGUCGUUGACUCGGAGGAUUUGCUGUGGAGGACCGGGGAGGUUACGGAGAGGAUAUGUGAGGAGUUGGGGGUGGAUAGGGAGGGGUUGAGGGAGACGUGGACGCCUACGCCUGAGGAGGAGAGGCCGACGCAUCCGAUUUUGGCGCCGUUUACGAUUACGAUUCAUGCGAGUAAGGGGAUUGAGAGGCCGGAGAAGCCUGAUGAUAAGGAUUUGGGGAGGGCGUAUGAGAAGUGGGUGGAGAGGUACGGCAAGGAAAGUGCAGACCACCUCAAGCAUCUCGUGGAAGAGAACAUGCCGCACUACGAGUAUUUGAGUCAGUUCAAAGUCUGAGGCAGAGCUAGAAAGGAUCGCGGCAGAGGAAGAGCAUCUAGCCCCGAUGGGUUGAGUGGAAUC